ACAACAAAUGAGUCAACUGCAAUCGACGAAUACGACUAGAUAGUGCGAGUGAGUGGACCGACCGACCGACCUACUGACUAACCAACUAACAGACUGUUUUACAGGUGUUCUUCUACACAUUGAACACUUUUCCCUCGACGCUUCAGUCGCAGGUUAUUACUGAAUUUAUUCGAGCCUCUUUAACUCCAGAUAGUCGAAAAGUCCCCCUGACCACGAGUAAUUCUACAAACUUCUCCGAUUGCUACAACUGAUUCGAAAUGAUGACCUUGAAAAAGGUUACUGGACUAGGCUAAUACGAAGCGUCCCUACAACAACAUUCAUCAACAACCAACGAUGGAGGAAUCAUACAAACUUGAUGAGCGUGCCAAUUCAGAUUUAGCCGCAGUUUCAAGGCGUGCAUCCCCGAAUGUGAUUUCUCUCAAGAGGAACGAUCCAACAUCUAUACAAGCUUCUGAUUCUGAAUAUGAAGAACUUCCGUUCCCAAGUAUGGAGGGAGCAGGAAGCCGUGUGGUCGACAUGAAUCAUCAGCAAUCAUCAGACACCACCCUGGGUGAAAACCUAGUCAAUGCUCCACGGGAACAAAAACCUUUCUCCAGUGUCGUCUAUCCCAGAGAGCAUGUGCCUUUCAAAUCCCAUCACAGACGAGGGUUUAUUCCUGGUGUUCCCAUUUUGUUGUCCAUUACAAAAGUUGAGCGCUCCUCAACUCAUAGAUUCAAUCCUUAUCUCUACACUGUAGAGUUACAGCAUGGACCCUUCCAAUGGGUCGUCCGGAGGAGAUACCAACACUUUCGAAGGGUUCAUACCUCUCUUUUCGUUUUCCGAGCUGGUCUUAAACUUCGAAGGGAAGUCGACAAAAAUUCCAAUACGGGAAAUGAACUCUCCGAAAGUCGAAAAGAGCCGAUGGAAAAGACUCCCCACAAAAUACAUCCUUUGCAAGAAAAGGACCAUCAAUCAGAAGAUCUUAAGAAAGAUGGGCAAAUUGGAGAACAAGAUACUUGGAAAUCUUCAAAAUUGGAGACGGAUACCACAAGCAAAAAAUAUCAAGAAGAUACCAAAGCCGAUAGUUUUGGGGAAGAGACCCAUAAUGAUGAGAAUGAAACUGAUGAACAGAAUUCGAACCGACAUCUACCUCGGUUUCCUAAGCGUCCAGACUCUUUACUUAAUCAUGAUGAGAUUGAACAAAGAAGGAGACACCUUCAGAAGUAUCUAAAAGCGGUCUUGGCAUGCGCUCUAUAUAGAAAUCACCCGGAAACGCUCAGUUUUUUUGAAGUGAGUGAGUAUUCGUUUACCGAAGGAUUGUCUAAACUAAAAGAAGGAUUCGUGAAAAAAAGAAAUGGGGAUGAUGGACCACAUACUUGGUUAAAUCGGAGUGUCCUGAACCAAGUAAAGAAUUGCAUGUCAUGCUAUGGGACGAAAUGGAACAAGUUGUGGUUGAUACUCCAAGAUACUUUUUUGUUAGGAAUCAAGCCGAAAACUGGAGAAAUUCGAGUAGUUUUACUUUUCGACAAAGAUUUUCAAAUCAGCUCCGGCUAUCGGCAAGUACGCAGACGAAAUACAAUUUUGGCCACGAAUUUGACCCGAUGUUUAUGCCUAAAAACUUGGACUGAGAGGAAAACGAAAGAAUGGUUGAACGGAAUUCAACUUGCUAUUACAUCAGCUCCGGGUCAAUAUUUCGUGCAGCCCAAUCGAUAUACCUCUUUCGCCCCCGUGCGCUCCGACCAGAGAACACGAUGGUUCGUGGACGGACAAUCUUUCAUGUCAUCGGUUUGUGACGUUAUUUUAGGGGCAAAGGAAGAGAUCUUCAUUACGGAUUGGUGGCUAAGUCCAGAAAUAUACCUUAAGAGAGGGUUACAUUUUGCUCCCUCCUUGAGAUUGGACAACUUGCUGGCUAGAAAAGCGGAAGAGGGGGUCAAAAUAUUCGUGUUGCUCUACAAAGAAUUCGAGUUCGCUCUAGGUUUGAACAGCCUUUAUUCCAAACGGUGUCUUCUCAAGAAAGGAGGGAGAAACAUUAAAGUGCUACGUCAUCCUGAUCAUGGUGCUAAGGCUGAAAUGACAGAUUAUUUGUGGGCUCAUCAUGAAAAACUCGUUGUGGUUGACCAAUUAUAUGCCUUUAUUGGUGGAAUCGAUUUGUGCUACGGAAGAUGGGACACAAACAACCAUCCGUUGACAGAUCUCGACUCAAUCCCACGAAGCAAUUCUGAAAAAGAAGGCAACAAAUUCCAUGAGCAUCAGCACAUCAACGUGCUCGGUAAUUUGCCCACAACAAGUAGCAGAAGUGACAAACGUGACCAAAGCAAUGCAACUUUGGCUCAUGUCCUUAAGUCAGUGCAUCAAGUGUCAGUUGCACCAAUUCGUGCUCUAUCGAAUGAAGAUUUGUCUGAUGAAGAUCACAACAAAGGCAAAGCUCGAACGGAUAAAUCUGCGGAUCCCUACCAUCAUGAUCUAGAAGGAAGCAAACUGAAAAGACUUAAGUCGGCAAUGGUCCAAGCGAGGAAAAAAAUUCGAAGGAAACGAGGUGCUAGUGAAAGAAGAAGCUCGUCGUCGUCUGAUGGGGUUUCGUCGUCUGAUGACGAUGAAACUCGUCCCGAAACGGGGAUUGAAAAUGUCGUUAGCUUAUCGGACGAAGAUUUUUCUCAAUAUCCAUUGAUCGAAGAUGUUGCUGAUACCGAUUCAAAGGAAUACCCACCAAUGACUUUAUGGAGAGGAAAGGACUACGUUAACUUCAUUGUUAAAGAUAUUGCUAAGCCCGAAGAGCCUGAAGGAGAUAACGUGGACCGCCGAACUACCCCACGGAUGCCGUGGCAUGAUGUUUCUUUAAUUGUUGAAGGAACAGCUGCGAGAGAUGCGGCCAGACACUUCAUUCAAAGAUGGAACUCCUGCAAACAGGAGAAGGGCAAAUUCAACUCAAAUUAUCCCUACUUGGUUCCACGAACAUAUAAAGACGUCUACGAUGUUCCCGACUUACUGGGUAAAGGUGUCCCGUGUUCGACCGUUAACUGUCAGGUUGUUCGAAGUGUCAGCAACUGGAGCGCUGGAGUGGAUGAACUAGAAUGUAGUAUUUACGAGUCAAUGGUUGAGGCGAUUCGUGGAGCCCGGUUCUAUAUUUACAUCGAGAAUCAAUUCUUUAUUUCGUCAGUUGGUGAUGGUUCGGAUGUGAAGAAUAAGAUUGGGUUUGAGAUCGUUCAGCGAAUUAUCCGUGCACAUCGGAAUCACGAGGUGUUCAGAGUCUUCUUACUGUUACCCUUAUUACCUGCAUUUGAAGGAAAGAUCGGCUCUGCCACUGGACACGCCCUUAGAGCUAUUCUGCAUUAUGAGUAUGCCUCAUUAAAUCGUGGUGACUACUCGAUAUGCAGAGAACUGGAAAAAAGAGGCAUUGAUCAUAGUCAAUACAUCAGUUUCUCCUCACUGAGAACGCAUGGAGAACUUCUUGGAACGCCUUGUACAGAGCUCAUCUACAUUCACUCCAAGCUCAUGAUAGUGGAUGACAGAUUAGUCAUAUGCGGAUCAGCAAACAUCAACGAUCGAAGUCUUCUUGGCAAUCGUGAUUCGGAGGUUGCUUUGGUUGUUGAGGACUCUGAAUUUCAAGAUGGCGUGUUCAACGGAAGGUCCGAACCGAGUGGAAAAUUUGCCGGGUCAUUAAGAAAGUUCUUAUUUCGAGAGCACUUGGGGCUACUUGGAUUAUCCACAGAUGAAGGCAAUCAGAGGGUUCUAGACCCAAUAAGUGACGCGUUUUUUCACGGACUUUGGAAUAAGACGGCAGAAACGAACACUCAAAUAUUUGAUGAUGUAUUCUUGGUGGUUCCAACAAACGCUUGCACCACUUUAAAGCAAACUAAUGAAUACGAACAAAGAAGUCCACUAGCAGAAUUUGACAAGAUUGCUGCCACACGGCUUCUCCGGAAUGUCAAGGGGAAUCUUGUGCAAAUCCCCAUGAAGUUUCUGGAAAAGGAGAACCUUUUUCCUCCUCUAUUUGCCAAAGAGGGAAUCGUUCCAACUGUGAUGUGGACUUGACCGAGCCAAAACUCGAAUUUUUCCACCGUGUUUUUCAUAUCAGUAAGGGGACAGUGCGACGAGAGCUUUAUGAUUUCCUUUGAAGCAUAUUCUUUUACCAUUGCGAACGACCAUUAUGUGAUACUGAACCCAUGACCUGAAAUAACGAAAAGUCUGGAAAACAUCGCCCGUCCUAAUGCCAAAUGAACGUGAAUAUGUGCCGAUUGAACUUUUAUUAACCAUAGAAAUAGAACAUAAUCCGUGAUUGAACAAA